GAUGAGAGCAGCAAGACAAACAGGAGCAGCACAGCAGCAGGAGCUUCUCUUUGACCAACACACAUUCAGCUUCACCUCAAGUAACCGGAGCCUCACGACUACAGCGUGGAGAAUGGCUUCCAUCGUGCACAGGUUGAUCACCCCACUGGUCAGCGGUCCUCCUGAGCCCCCCAGGAAUAAAGUGACUGUUGUGGGUGUGGGUCAGGUUGGCAUGGCCUGUGCUUUUAGCAUUCUGCUCAGGGAGCUGGCUGAUGAACUGGCCCUGGUGGACGUGGUGGAGGACAAGCUGAAAGGAGAGAUGAUGGACCUGCUGCACGGCAGCCUUUUCCUCAAAACACCUAAAAUAGUUGCAGACAAAGAUUACUCGGUCACAGCUAAUUCCCGCAUCGUUAUUGUGACGGCCGGAGUCCGUCAGCAGGAGGGAGAGAGCAGGCUCAACCUGGUCCAGAGAAACGUCAACAUAUUCAAGCACAUCAUCCCCCAGAUUGUCCGAUACAGCCCUGACUGCAUCAUCAUUGUCGUUUCUAACCCAGUCGACGUUCUGACCUAUGUCACCUGGAAACUGAGCGGCCUCCCUAAACACCGUGUCAUUGGCAGUGGCACCAACUUGGACUCUGCACGCUUCCGAUUUCUCAUGGCAGAAAAACUGGGAAUCCACUCCAGCAGCUUCAAUGGGUGGAUCCUGGGAGAACAUGGAGACACCAGUGUGCCAGUGUGGAGUGGAACCAACGUGGCUGGAGUCAACCUGCAGACGUUAAACCCAAACAUUGGUACCGAGUUCGAUGAAGAGAACUGGAAAGAGACUCACAAGAUGGUGGUGGACAGUGCCUAUGAGGUGAUCAAGCUGAAGGGUUACACCAACUGGGCCAUCGGUCUGAGCGUGGCCGACUUGACGGAGAGUCUCAUGAGGAACAUGAACAGAGUUCAUCCGGUGUCCACCAUGGUGAAGGGCAUGUACGGGAUCAGUGAUGAGGUGUACCUGAGUCUCCCCUGCGUGUUGAACGGUGGAGGCGUGGCCAGCGUGGUCAACAUGACCCUGACAGAUGACGAGGUGUACCAGCUGCAGGCCAGCGCCAACACUCUGUGGGACAUCCAGAAGGACCUGAGGGACGUCUAACCCAACCAUGAGGGCAAUAAUAAUUAUAGCUAGUCAUCUGCAGCACUGUCACAAACACCACACAGCUCCACCUUCUGCUCUUCACCCACUGCCUGGGUAGACUCAAAGCAAAGGGAGGUUGUCCCUGUCAGAUGAGCCUGUAGGCGACAGUUUCUACACUUGAAGAGGAAGCCAACUGAACGAGACGAGUCAGAGACUCGCUUGUUUUCAGUUGUGUCAGAGCGUGGAGCCGCGUGUUACUUGUUGUUGCUGUGAUGUGAAUAAAACGUGUUUCCUGGUG